AUGUACGAACAAUACAGAGGCUCUGCAUGGCAGAAAAGUAGAGAAAAUACCAAGCUUACAUUGCAGACUGACCGCACGUCUACAGAACAAACUGACGUGAAGGGCCUAGCAACAACAGUCACUCGAUAG